AUGCCCGGUGGAAGGAGGGGCCCUAGUCGGCAGCAGCUAAGCCGUUCAGCUUUACCUUCUUUACAGACUUUGGUUGGUGGGGGCUGUGGCAAUGGAACAGCCCUGAGAAACAGGAAUGGUAGUACUGUUGGCCUUCCGGUCCCACCUAUCACAGCCUUAAUCACCCCAGGUCCUGUUCGUCAUUGCCAAAUUCCUGAUUUGCCUGUGGAUGGGAGCUUGCUCUUUGAAUUUCUGUUUUUCAUCUACUUGCUGGUCGCCCUGUUCAUUCAGUAUAUCAACAUCUAUAAAACGGUGUGGUGGUAUCCUUACAACCACCCUGCUUCUUGUACUUCACUGAAUUUUCAUCUCAUUGAUUAUCACCUGGCAGCAUUCAUCACAGUGAUGCUUGCGAGGAGGCUUGUAUGGGCUCUCAUCUCAGAGGCCACUAAGGCAGGCGCAGCAUCAAUGGUUCACUACAUGGUUCUGAUAUCAGCUCGCUUGGUGCUACUCACUUUGUGUGGAUGGGUACUUUGUUGGACCCUUGUCAAUCUCUUCCGAAGCCAUUCAGUCCUCAAUCUCCUUUUCCUUGGCUACCCGUUUGGUGUUUAUGUUCCUCUCUGCUGUUUCCACCAAGACAGUAGAGCUCAUCUUCUCCUCACAGACUACAACUAUGUGGUUCAGCAUCAGGCAGUAGAGGAAAGUGCCUCAACUGUGGGUGGCUUGGCCAAGUCCAAAGACUUCCUUUCCUUAUUGCUGGAGUCUCUCAAAGAACAGUUUAAUAAUGCCACGCCCAUCCCCACCCACAGCUGCCCCCUAUCUCCCGACCUGAUUAGAAAUGAAGUAGAAUGCCUGAAAGCAGAUUUCAACCACAGAAUCAAGGAAGUUCUCUUCAACUCCCUCUUCAGUGCUUACUAUGUUGCAUUUCUCCCCCUGUGUUUUGUGAAGAGUACCCAGUACUAUGACAUGCGCUGGUCAUGUGAGCACCUCAUUAUGGUGUGGAUCAAUGCUUUUGUCAUGCUCACUACACAACUACUGCCCUCCAAAUACUGUGAUUUGCUACAUAAAUCAGCUGCUCACCUGGGCAAGUGGCAGAAGCUGGAACAUAGGUCCUACAGCAAUGCUCCCCAGCACAUUUGGUCAGAAAAUACAAUAUGGCCUCAAGGGGUGCUGGUGAGACACAGCCGAUGUUUAUACCGAGCCAUGGGACCUUACAAUGUGGCCGUGCCUACAGAUGGAUCCCAUGCCCGCUUUUAUUUCCUAUUUCAUCGUCCAUUAAGGCUGUUAAAUCUGCUUAUCCUUAUUGAAGGCAGUGUCGUCUUCUACCAGCUCUAUUCCUUACUGCGGUCGGAGAAGUGGAACCACACACUUUCCAUGGCUCUGAUCCUCUUCUGCAACUACUAUGUUUUAUUUAAGCUCCUCCGGGACAGAAUAGUAUUAGGCAGGGCAUAUUCCUACCCACUCAACAGUUAUGAACUCAAGGCAAAUUAA